GUAAGACGUUUGCAGUGUAACGUUUCGACGUUCGAAUAGUUACAACAGCUGGCAAGGUGUAUCCGGGGAGGUGUCAGGUACCUGAGGAUUUAUACUGGGCUGCUGGAAACACCCACAACAGGUCCCUUCCUUUCUCUCUGCGGACGUGCACUAAGACCCGGGAGAUAACUUCCACCUGAGCUGGUUUGUUGCCGGAAGUGAGCGCAGGGGGCCGUGGAGGAUGGUUUGUGAGAAAUGUGAAAAGAAGCUGGGAAGAGUUAUUACACCAGACACUUGGAAAGAUGGAUCAAGGAACACGAUGGAAAGCGGUGGCCGCAAGAUCAAUGAAAACAAAGCAUUAACUUCUAAAAAAGCAAGAUUUGAUCCCUAUGGAAAGAGCAGAUUUUCAGUAUGCCGUAUCUGUAAAAGCGCAGUUCACCAGGCUGGUUCGAAUUAUUGUCAAGGAUGUGCGUACAAAAAAGGCAUCUGUGCAAUGUGUGGCAAAAAAAUCUUGGAUACUAAAAACUACAAGCAGACAUCUGUCUAACUUCAUUUCAGAGAUGCUGCUGGGUAUAUUGGUUAUCAUGGAAACUUAUGACCAAUAUGGCCGUGAGCAUGUUAAUAACUAUGUGUUAUGAGCCUGUCUGGGGUUCUAUACCUGCAUAUUUCAAAAGUAGAAGACUGUCAAUUAAACAAAACUUCUCAACUAAGUCUAUUUGUUGAUUAACAUUUAUUAGAAUGUAUAUUUUAAGAAGUGCAGUGCUGUCACUACAGCUUGGCAGGUGAUAACACAUUGAAGUGAAGUUGUGGAGCUACAAUCACCUGAGCUGGAAACUGGCAAUAAGUGAUAGCAGUGAAGUGAAGAGUGCAUGACGUCCUAGGAGUUCUGUCCACUGCAAUAAAUGUAAAAAUUCCUGUCAGUAAAUACUCUGAAAAUGGAGAAAGAAAUUGGAGAAGUAGGAAGAUAGGAAGACAUAAUGUACACGUUCUACUGUAAGAAGUAGAAAUGGUCUAAUAUCGGUGACUACACUUUGGGAAUUUCUGGAUAGAAUUUUCCUUGCUGUUUUGCUAUCUUGAUUUUACUCUGUUUUAGACUGAUGAGAUAAAUUAAAAUUUCUGUAAUUUGUGCUUUUGCAUUGCUAAAAUGAAUAUAUUUAGUUAAUUAUAGAAUUUGUGUGAUUUUUGUAAUCUUUGGGUUUUCUUUAACUUAUGUAAGUAAUGAUUGGGCAUAAAUCCUAUAUAGAGAAAAACGAUAAUAUCAGAUUUACUAAUUCAAUAAAACUUUGUACUUGGA